GUGUUGCCCUGUCUCUGCUCUGGGGUUGCCAACGUGAGGCACCAGGAGGUGUGAAGCGUUUCGACCAGGCUGCAUCACGAUGGCAUCCGCUACUAGAAAGCUUUAUCUGGUAGCGAUGAUGAUCUGCGCGACGUCGUUGCGGUGUGACGCGUUCUCUACAACAAGCUCGUGCAGCAGUAGCAGGGUCGCCGAUCAGCACAUCAUGUCGAACAGCCCUACGACUCGGAGGACGGGGCGAGGGCGCUGCGGAAGCUCAAUGGAGAUGAAGGGAAGGAACGAAGACGGACAGAAACGAAGAAUAAGCAGCAGCAGCAGUGGCAGCGUGAACCGGGGUGGCUUCGUGCGAGCUGCAGCCGCGGCAGCGCUCACUCUAACCGUUGCCGGGCAUCGAACGACGUCUCCCGCACGGGCCGUUGGCGUUCAGCCCGGAGAGAGAACGACCGCUCCUCCCAACGCGUUGCUCCUUGUUCCUGCUCUUCGCGCGAAGCUCGCGGUCCAGAGCGUGCUGAAGCUGAUGAAGGACCCAGAGAAGUGGGGCGAGGCUCGCGAGGCCCUCAAGUCGCCCCCGUUAGCCCCAGCCGACUUCAAGGAGUGCUUCCGGACGUACAGCGACGCGGAUCCCGAGCAGCACUUGGCGUUCGACCUCUACCGCAUACAGGCGCAAGACGCCCUCAAGGCGGUCUCCGAGCUGCUGGCGUACCUAGCGUCCGAGAAGAACAAGGGCUCCAAGAUAGACCGUGAAGACGUCGAAGACCUCGAGGAGGCGGGCCGCUCGGUGCUGCAGGGCAUAGACGAUUUCCUGGCCCUCGCCCCACGCGAAGACGUCUUGAUGGUGGCAAAAAACACCGCUGACCAGGCGCGCACCGCCCAGACGGCCAGGCCAAAGAGCACGGAUGCACCGGCGGCGUUGGGGGGGGGGCGGGAGCUGGAAGGCGCCGUUAUCGGGGAGGGGGCGUUUGUCGCGGGCGCCUGGGUGGGAAAGUAA